AUCGGACAUAUUUGAUGAAACACAGGAACGAUUAAAGGAGAACCUAUUUGUUUACAUAGAUCCGAAGUUGAAAUAUUUUCAGUUUCUCUGACAUCUUCUGGUUUCGAAAUUAGCCAGGGACUUUUUACUAUUUAAUAACUUACAAACAGUGAAAAGCCUUUCAAUUGUCUUGUUUAGUUAGCUCUCUGGAGCAGGUUUUCCGCUUACUACGAGGGUAGCUAGCUAGCUCGAUGUUAGCAGCAAUCUAUCGCUUGCUAUGCAUUUCACGAUGGACGACAGACUAUAAAAUUUGACCUCCGAUGUUAUAAACAAAUUGAAAGGUUGUUAUUUGCAGUUUUACAAAAAUGGAUAUCAGUCUAACAAUUUCCCUAAUGCGGGGACAGAUGGGUACCGUGAUAGAGAGAGCGGUUAGUGCCGCUGUUGAGACGGUGUUGGGAGAGAUGCUUAGAGUGGUCGGCAUUAAAUUCGACGAGCUGAAGAUGGAGGUAGUAGCUAAAGAGAAAGAGGCGGAGAACAUAAGACAGAUGCUGGAGAUAUCCCGAUCUCAGAUUAAGACCAUGCGGAAACACAUGAACGCUCUGGAUGAGAACGCGCACUCUGCCACUUAUCAGACCUACCGGACAGCAUUCGGCCAUUCUGAUCCCCGCAGAAUUCACGGUUCCUCCGAGGCCGCACUGUCCUCGGGUUUACCACAGCCGCCGAGAAGGACGGUUCCAAACAACAACCAAAUUCCCACUACAAAUGGAAACGUACAGGCAAGGAAUCGAGUCACCAUCACCAUACCCUCUGAGAAUAUGGUCAGGGCCACCCAGCCCUCUGAUAAUUUGGUCAGGGCCACCCAGCCCUCUGACAAUUUAGUCAGGGCCACCCAGCCCUCUGAUAAUUUGGUCAGAGCCACCCAGCCCUCUGAUAAUUUGGUCAGGGCCACCCAGCCCUCUGAUCAUUUGGUCAGGGCCACCCAGCCCUCUGAUAAUAUGGUAACCGUUAGGGCAACAUCAACAUCCUUUGACAGUCACGAUGAUCUGACAACUGUGAUCUCCCCGACUCUGGAGGACCGGACAUUGACACCCACUGUCUCUGCAAUGAACAGUUCAUCAGAGCAUCUGGAACCUUUGAAAGAGGAGCCCCCAGCCCUCCUAGACCCCAAGGUGUCUGAUGAGAGCCAGAGGAGGGAGGAGGAAGAAGAGUGUCAGGCUGAGUGGACCAUAAGUACACAGCCACCAGAGACAAGCACAGACCCGGGGGCCCAGCUGGUCCUCUCCCCUCCCAGGACUGACGGAGCAGACUGCUCUGCCAGGAGUGUACUGCCAUCCUCCCAGCCCCUGUCCCAGUUCCAAGUGAAAGAGGAGGAAGCUGAGGUGGAGAUCAUCUGUAUCAAACAGGAACCAGAGGAGGUGGAGACCCUGCUGAUAAACCUGGCUGCCGAAGGCUUCAACUCUCAGGGCAACCUUUUAGAUAGGCAGACUCAGGGCAACCUCCUCCUGGACAGUCAUAGGACCAUCCCGGGCUCUCAAAGCCAGAGGGAUAGGAGAGCACCCUGUCCACCACAGAGCCAGAGGACCUUAGCAGAGAAUACACCCUUCACCUCAGCCGACUCUUGUUCAUAUGGGCUGUCCCAGGCAGUGAUGUCCAUGUCAGGAGUUGCUCCCAGGCCCAUGGUGCGUCCGUGGCCCAAGGACCUGAGUCUGUACGAGGAGUUUAAAAUGAGACGAACUGAGCUGAGGAGGAGGAGCCAGACCCGUCAGAGGGAGAUGGAGAAGAAUCUUCCCCAGCCUCUAUUAGCUGACCUGGUGAAGGAGAGACGGGAGAAGACCCGGCUCAGAGUGGCCCGCUGGAGAGCCAAGAGGAAGCUGCAGGCCUGUCUACUGACUCAGAUGACCCAACAGACACAACACCAACAGACUGGACCUGGACUGGGCCAGGGGAAUAGUCUGAACAGUGGGCUGGGGAAUCAUAGCCAGAUUAGCCACCACACACAACACAAAACCACAGGCCCCACUCAGACUCCUCAGAGGAACAAUGCUGCCGUCUCUCAAUCGCAGUACAAUAACAGUUUUUUGUACAACAGAAGUCACUGUGAGACUGGGGCUGGUAACGUUAACUACCCUCCUCUCCAGUUCAACUCCUCCUCUCUAAUGCUGGGGCAACAUGGAGGACACAAUAUGGUGGAGCACAUUAUGCAGCCUACAAUGACAUCAUCCUCACAGCAGGGCCUCUCCCUGACAGACUCUGAGCUCUACCAGUAACAAGGGAUCAUGGGUAUUCAAAUCUUACCCAACAAGUUCUGGAUUACUGCUGUUUUUUUUCUUCUUCUACCUGAUAAUGAAUUACACCCACCUGGUAUCCCAGGUCUAAAUCAGUCCCUGAUUAGAGGGGAAUCACCCACCUGGUGUCCCAGGUCUAAAUCAG